GGCCAGAUAGAAACCCCAUUCUCCCGCAGGGAACCGAUCGCUUUCUACGUCAGUGGAGCUUGCGCCGCGACGGGCGCGAGCUCGGACCGGAGCCGAGUUGCGUCAGUGCCGAGCGCGCGCGGCGCUGCCACCGCUGGGGCCCCCGCAGGGCUGGGAAAUGGUGAAGCGGGCGGAGGCUGGCGCGACCGAGUGUUGAGGGGACGCUGCGGACUUGGCCAAGAUGGGAUUGGGCGCGGGUUCGCUUUCUGGGUCCCUCGGCUUCCAGUGGCUGCUGUUCUUGGGCUUGGUGAGCCCAGCCCUCGGUGCGGCUCGGUCAGGCUUUCAACAGACCUCCCAUCUCUCUUCUUAUGAAAUUAUAACUCCUUGGAGAUUAACUAGAGAACGAAGAGAAGCCCCUAGGCCCUCUUCAGAGCAGGUAUCUUAUGUCAUUCAAGCUGAAGGAAAAGAGCAUAUUAUUCACUUGGAAAGGAAUAAAGACCUUUUGCCCAAAGACUUUGUAGUUUAUACCUACAACAACGAAGGAGCUCUGAUCUCUGACUACCCUGAUAUACAGAAUCAUUGUCAUUAUCGAGGAUAUGUAGAGGGCGUUUACAAUUCAUCCAUUGCUCUUAGUGACUGUUUUGGACUAAGAGGCUUGCUGCAUAUAGAGAACAUGAGUUAUGGGAUCGAACCCCUGCAAAACAGCUCUCAUUUUGAGCAUGUUUUUUAUCGAAUGGAUGACGUCCAUAGAGAGCCUCUGAAAUGUGGAGUUUCCAACAAGGAUAUAGAAGAAGAAAUUGUAAAGGAUGAAGAAGAAGAGCCCCCAAGCGUCACUCAGCUACUUCGAAGAAGAAGAGCAGUCCUGCCACAGACCCGCUAUGUGGAGCUGUUCAUUGUCGUAGACAAGGAAAGGUAUGACAUGAUGGGAAGAAACCAGACUGCAGUGCGAGAAGAGAUGAUUCGUUUAGCAAACUAUUUGGAUAGCAUGUACAUUAUGUUAAAUAUUCGAAUUGUGCUAGUUGGACUGGAGAUUUGGACAAAUGGAAAUCUGAUCAACAUAAUUGGAGGUGCUGGUGAUGUGUUGGGGAACUUUGUACAGUGGCGGGAAAAGUUUCUUAUAACACGUCGGAGACAUGACAGUGCACAGCUAGUUCUGAAGAAAGGGUUUGGUGGGACUGCAGGAAUGGCGUUUGUGGGAACCGUGUGUUCAAGGAGUCAUGCAGGCGGGAUUAAUGUGUUUGGGCAAAUCACAGUGGAGACAUUUGCAUCCAUCGUUGCUCAUGAGUUGGGUCAUAACCUUGGAAUGAAUCAUGAUGAUGGCAGAGACUGUUACUGUGGAGCAAAGAGCUGCAUCAUGAAUUCUGGAGCAUCUGGUUCCAGGAACUUUAGCACUUGCAGUGCAGAAGACUUUGAGAAGUUAACUUUAAAUAAAGGUGGAAACUGCCUUCUGAAUAUUCCAAAGCCUGAUGAGGCCUACAGUGCUCCUUUCUGUGGUAAUAAACUGGUGGACCCAGGGGAAGAGUGUGACUGUGGUACUCCAAAGGAGUGUGAAUUGGACCCUUGUUGUGAAGGAAGUACAUGUAAACUUAAAUCAUCUGCUGAGUGUGCAUAUGGCGACUGUUGUCAAGACUGUUGGUUUCUUCCAGGAGGUACUUUGUGCCGAGGAAAAACCAAUGAAUGCGAUGUUCCAGAGUAUUGCAAUGGUUCUUCUCAGUUUUGCCAGCCAGAUGUUUUUAUUCAGAAUGGAUAUCCUUGCCAGAAUAACAAAGCCUAUUGUUACAAUGGCAUGUGCCAGUAUUAUGAUGCUCAGUGUCAAGUCAUCUUUGGCUCAAAAGCUAAGGCUGCCCCAAGAGAUUGUUUCAUUGAUGUGAAUUCCAAAGGUGACCGAUUUGGCAAUUGUGGUUUCUCUGGCAAUGAAUAUAAGAAGUGUGCCACUGGGAAUGCUUUGUGUGGAAAGCUUCAGUGUGAGAAUGUACAAGAAAUGCCUGUAUUUGGAAUUGUGCCUGCUAUUAUUCAGACUCCUGGGAGAGGCACCAAAUGUUGGGGUGUGGAUUUCCAGCUUGGAUCAGAUGUUCCAGAUCCAGGCAUGGUGAACGAAGGCACUAGAUGCGACGUUGGGAAGAUCUGUAGAAAUUUCCAAUGCGUAAAUGCUUCUGUUCUGAAUUACGACUGUGAUAUACAGAAAAAGUGUCAUGGACAUGGGGUAUGUAAUAGCAAUAAGAAUUGUCACUGUGACAAUGGCUGGGCUCCCCCCUAUUGUGAUACUACAGGAUACGGCGGAAGUGUGGACAGUGGACCUACAUACAACGAAAAGAAUACUGCCUUGAGGGAUGGACUGCUGGUAUUCUUCUUCGUAAUCGUUCCUCUUACUGUAUUGGCUGCUUUUAUCUUCAUUAAGAGAGACCAACUACGGAGAAGCUACUUCAGAAAGAAGAGAUCACAAACUAAUGAAUCCCAUGGCAAAAACCAAGCAAAAGCUCCUCGACAGCCAGCAAGUGUUCCUGGACAUGCUUCUUCAGUGACUCCUCCCAGAGAAGUUCCUAUAUACGCAAACAGAUUUCCAGUACCAACUUAUGCAGCCAAGCAACCUCAGCAGUUCCCAUCAAGGCCACCUCCACCACAACCGAAAGUAUCAUCUCAGGGAAAUUUAAUUCCUGCUCGUCCUGCCCCUCCACCUCCUUUAUAUAGUUCCCUCACUUGAUUUUUUUUUUUUUUUACAUUUCAUUUUGCAGAUAUCUUCAGGGAACUGAGCUGAUACUUUUUUUCCUGAUAUUUUCUUGAAAAGCCUUUCUUCCUGCUGGAAUUAUGAAUGACAAAAAAAAAAAAACCACAAAACAAACUUUAUUAAUGCAGAAAAAUAGAACUUGAGUAGUGGGAAAUGAGAAAUAAAAGAAAUGCAGUAAAGCCAGGGAAUUUAGAAUAACAUUUUCAUUUCCAUUAUUGAAUACAUUUUACUCAGUCAUCUAUGAGGUUAAUGCACCUGACGUGGAUUGUGUUACUUUGAACAUGUUAUUGUAAUGAUUCUCAAAUUACCUGUAUUGGUUUAAGUUUUGUCAUUAUGUGCUUAAAUGUAAUUCUGAAUUUUGACCUUAGUUAUCAUUGAUGUAGUUUCUGGUUGAACAUGCAAUACUUUAAUACCUAUGAAAACUAAUUAGCUGCCAAUAAUAUCUAAUAUUUUUCAUCUUG